AUGGGAUUGUCUGUUUCGCGACUGCUGUCUGGCCUCUUUGGCAAGAAGGAAAUGCGUAUCCUGAUGGUCGGUCUUGAUGCCGCUGGUAAGACCACCAUUUUGUACAAACUGAAGCUGGGUGAAAUUGUCACCACGAUCCCCACAAUCGGUUUCAACGUCGAGACCGUGGAAUACAAGAACAUCUCAUUCACUGUGUGGGAUGUUGGUGGUCAGGACAAGAUCCGUCCUCUGUGGCGCCACUACUUCCAAAACACACAGGGCAUCAUCUUCGUUGUCGACUCGAAUGACCGCGAACGUAUUCCUGAGGCCCGCGAAGAACUCCAGCGUAUGCUGAACGAGGAUGAACUUCGUGAUGCUCUCUUGCUGGUGUUCGCCAACAAGCAGGACUUGCCAAAUGCGAUGAAUGCCGCUGAAAUCACUGAUAAGCUCGGAUUGCACAGUCUUCGUCAACGUCAAUGGUUCAUCCAGGCAACAUGCGCCACGAGCGGUGACGGUCUGUACGAAGGUCUUGAAUGGCUGAGCACAAACCUGAAGCGCCGCUCGUAA